AUGUUUCCGUCAACGUUCAAGCUCACGUUGCUUCUGAUGACAGUGUUUCUGUCGGGUCGAGUCACCACGAAAAAAGCGCUUGGCCCGAUCCAGGAAGCGAUCCAGAACGGCGCCGCGGCGGAUUUUGAUCGCGACAAAUGUGUAUGGAGACGAGGAAACGACAGGGAUUCCUGUCCCGAUCCUGAUGUACGGGUCUUCCUUUAUGCGAACGAUAGACCGAGGAGAGAAUUAGACUCCAGAGUAUCGGACUGGCUACGUCAGGAUUACGAUCCGACGAAGGAGAAUGUUCUUCUUGUGCAUGGAUAUGCAGGUGGCGACGACACCCUCCCGAUAGCAGUGCUCCGCGACGCGUACCUCCGUAACGGCAGCUACAACGUCUUCCUGGUCGACUGGGGCGCACUGUGUGCCGCCCCCUGUUACCCAGCCGCGGUAGCAAAUCUCCGUCCAGUGGCUCGAUGUCUAGCCGGUAUAUUGACCAACUUAAGAAACCUGGGCUUACCGAUCUUCAGGACGACCUGCGUGGGCCAUUCAUUAGGCGCGCACAUCUGCGGCAUCAUUGCUAAUUUCUUGCUGUUCAGGAUGCACCGAAUAAUCGGCCUGGACCCAGCCAGGCCUUUAAUGAGACCAGGUUACGUGAACCGUUUGGACAGCGGUGAUGCCGAUUUCGUCGAGGUGAUCCACACGAAUGCUGGAUACUACGGUGAGGGUGGUCGUAUGGGUCACGUGGACUUUUGCGUGAACGGUGGUAAAAUGCAGCCGUUCUGCGAGGACAAGCCUCACGAUCAGCUCUGCAGUCACGUGUGGGUCGUUUGCUACAUGGCCCAGAGCAUCGACAACGGUGGCCUCGAGUCGAUGGCGGAACCAUGCUCGAGACGGUGUCCUUCCGGACCUAGGAUCGCCCAACGUGCCGGCGAAUACGUGGCCAUGGGACAGCACACGCCGGUCGGGACCAGGGGGUCUUUCUGCUACACCGGGAAACAUCCUCCCUAUUGUCCUAAAUACAGAAAGGGACGCGGCGACACGAGGUGCUGUCUACCGGAUGACGAGACUUUCGCUCAGUUGCUUUGA